AGUAACAAACUACUACCGUCUUCCAUGUUUCGCUUUAUUUUGCUUAUAGUAUGAAUGGCUUGCCAAACUAUACAAAGGGAUUGAUUUCUAUCCCGGUGGUUCCUACAAAUUGCUAACUAACAAAGAACGCUGGAAUUCCCUCACAGAAGCUUAUAAUACCAUUGGAACAAAAAAAAAAACAUCCUCCGAUGCAUAUCAGGUACGCAUCCUUAAUUUGCUUUCCAGGUUAUUCUGUUGAUGCAGAUUCGGAGGACCCAGACAGUGAAAACCUAUUGAAUCAAGGAAUUUGUAAAUACUCGUCAAAUAUGCAUCAUUGAGUUGUUUCUCAGCAUUCUUUUGCUAUUGAUGCCGACCUGGUCACCUGGAGGUGCCAACUACUGAAAAAAUCCAUUGGCAACUGCCAAGCGUGUACUGACACGGCUGGUUCAUGAUCAACUACUCCGGUCCAAAUAGUAAUCAUGUAUUGACAGCCGGUCAAAAGCAUCAAAAUUUGCCUUCAAACCAACAAACUGACUUCCAAGCUGUGCACACGGAGCAUCUGGCCAUCUGCACCCUUCUCUUGUGCGGAAGGGGCAGAAUGAUUCGCAAAAAUGGUCCGCCGGUGCAUCCGGGCCAAGCCACGAGACACCCCACUCGAGACAGCUCCGAUUCUUCACCAGCGAGACUUCCAAAACCUUGAUCCUCUGUUCUGCCCCCGCCAGCAGUAGCGACGCCUUCAGGAAGGGAGUGACGUCGGGGACGCCACCGCCGUCGGUCCGAAAUGGACGGGGCUUUCGCCCAUGGAAGACAGCGCUGAGAAGCACGACGCCCUCACCAGGGGAAGCGACGCCCAGGGGCGUCACCGUCGUCAAGGCUUUUGCCAAAGAAAACCCCAACACAAUGCCAAGCGAGGGCCCCGGGACAAAAGCAAGCUACCUCCGCCACCGCCGCCCUGACGCACAAACCCCGCAGCUACCGCCGGGGCCACUGCUGCCCACUUGUUGUUGCCACACACCACCACCGGGGAGCCAGAUCCGACGGUCGGCCUCGCCGUACCCACAAAGAGGCCACAGCACACCUCACCUCCUCCGCUCCUCACUGCCGCACCACCAUGGGGAGCUCGCCCGCCGGCGCUCCACAACCAGCAUCGGCCUCAGGGACGGCAAAUCCGGCCACCGGACCUCCAGAUCUGACUGCCGCCCCAAGGCCAAUCUGCUGCGGCCACCGACCGCCCCGACUUGGGCCACCGGCAGCGGCCAACUCCAUGCCCCACGAACAGAGGCAGCUUCGACGCUGGCGUGGCCCACAGCCCACGGAGCAUGCGCGCCACCGGAUCUGGUUCCAAGCGCGGCGGCCAAGCCAAGCAGGGGACGCGGGGGGCGAGGUCCCGCGGCCAUGGCCCCGCUGCCGCCAUCCUCGCAUCUGCACGGACUCCCGGCUGUCUGCUCUGGCGACGGCGAGGCUGGAGGAAGGAGGAAGCGGCGGGUGUUGUGGUGGUGGCGGAGUCGCCGCCCGUGUCACCCGCGGAGUUGCAGCAUUCUCCCUUUGAGCACUUCGGGCUGUGACUAGAGCUAUACUAUUAAUACGUUUCUCCCUCUGCAGAAAGAGAAGGAAAAAACUGGUGGAGCAAGGAAACCUCAGAAUUCGAAAGACAACAAGUGAAAUUUUCAGAAAAGCUCAUGGAUGGAAGUCGGUUGAUAGACGCAUUCAAUGAAGUUUGUAUGUUAGUAUGUCCUUUUGGUUUAACCGUGCUGGGAGCUGUAUUCAUGUGGGUGCUCUGUUCGUAAACUUGUUUAAGUUCUUAGUUUGCGAUGUCAUGCUCUUGUCACUUUCGGUGUGGCUCUUUGUUCUCUGCUUUUGGGCAAAUAUGUUAGAUGGUCUGAAACUCCUCGGUGGAAGGCUUUCCCCGUGUUAUGUUUUCUUUAGCUGAUAGUUGCGUGCGUUUUGUCGGCUUUUCGUUUUCUGGUGGCCUUAACGGUCAUGUAUGAACUAUGUUUCUGUCUAUUUCGUAAUGAAAUAGGGGGUGUUCCCCUUUGU